CGCGCAGGCCGAGCCCGGAGAACCCCGCCGGGGGGCCGCCGCUCCGCGCUGAGGGACGCCUGGGCCCGCCUCCUGCAGGCCCCGCUGCCGGCAGCUCCCGUGCCCCGAGCCCUGCUCGGCCUCAGGCCGGGGCUGCCCUCCGGGGGCGGGCGGGAACCGGCGGCCUCCCCUCCCCUCCCCUCCCAGCCUGAGGCGGGUGUGCCGUCUGCUUGGCCUAGCCCGCCCGGUGCACCUAAGUUCCAUUAUUUUGGUGGGGGUUUUUUUGUGGGUUGUUUUUUUUUUUUUUUCGAUAAAUGAUGUUUCUUCUCCUUUCGGUCCUUAGGGUCAUGUGGAACAGGACCACCGUGUGCUCCCGCGGCAGGCUGGCCCCCAGCACCUCCUGCCCACUGCUGCCCAGCACCCUGCACCGUGUGUUCCACAGGGAGCGCCAGGACCUGUGCCAUGGCAGGGGGCCGGUGAGCCCCCUGUGCCGUGGCCAUGGCCCAGUGAGCCCCCUGUGCCAUAGCGAGGGGCCAGCGAGCCCCCUGUGCCAUGGCCAGGGCCCAGGGAGGGCACCAGCCGCCCUGCCCUGCCGUUCGCUGAGCAGCAGAGCCAGGUCCCAGCAGGCUGCAAAGCGUUACCCGCUCUUGGAUGGACGGAUCCGGUCCGUGUUCCGGCAUGUGUUUGAAGAAAAUUUAAGAAACAGUGAGGCUGUGAUUAAAAGAUACUCAGAGUUGCUAGAGAUGCUCAGUAAAGGAGGGGGAGAAAAUGCGAUCUUGCGUCAUACUCAGCGAAACAAGAAGCUGUUUGUUCGUGAACGCCUGAAGUUGCUACUUGAUGAUGAGUCUUUUCUUGAGCUGUCUCCGCUGGCAGGCCUCAAUAUGCCAUAUGGUGACAUCCCUGCUGCUGGGUGCCUUACUGGAAUUGGCAAAAUCUGUGGGGUCUGGUGUGUCUUCAUGGCAAAUGAUGCAACUGUAAAAGGAGGCACUAUUUAUCCGAUUGGAGUGAAGAAACAAUUAAGAGCCCAAGAAAUAGCCAUGCAGAACAGGCUGUUAUCCGUGUACCUUGUUGACAGUGGGGGAGCAUUCCUGCCACUACAGUCAGAGCUGUUUCCUGACAAGUUGCACGGUGGCAGAGUUUUCUACAAUGAAGCAAUCAUGUCUGCCAUGAGAAUCCCUCAGGUGGCAGUGGUGUGCGGCUCCUGUGUAGCUGGAGGGGCCUAUGUUCCAACCAUGGCAGAAGAAGCUGUGAUUAUCGAUAAAAUCGGUACGCUCUUCCUUGCUGGUCCACCUCUGGUAAAAGCUGCUACAGGAGAAUAUGUCUCUCCCGAGGACCUAGGAGGAGCCAAACUUCACACUGAAGUCAGUGGCUGUAGUGAUCAUUUUGCGUCUUCAGAAAAGGAAGCCUAUGAAUGUAUUCGAAAUGUUAUCUCUACAUUAAAUUAUGAUCCGCUGCCAGAGGAGAUCACAGAGCAUGACAAUCCUCUGUAUAGUCCUGAUGAGCUCUUGGGGCUGGCACCGCGAGAUUAUAGGUGUACUCUUCCUGUGAAACUGAUUCUGAGCCGUCUGAUGGAUGGAAGCAGAUUCCAGGAAUUUAAGGCUAAUUAUGGAACAACAUUAGUGACAGGAUUUGGCCACGUGGAAGGGCACUUGGUGGGGAUUGUAGCUAACAACGGGGAGCUGUCUCAUGAUGCUUCUCUCAAGGGUAGCCAUUUUGUACAGCUGUGCAGCCAGCGGAGCAUUCCAAUCCUCUUUUUCCAAAAUACUGCCCCGCCUACAGCAGAGCCAACCAGCAUCUCACAGGCAGAGGCUCACUCCAACAGAUUAAAAGCCCAGGCCUCCAUGAUGGCUGCUGUUGCUUGUUCUGCUGUUCCCAAAAUAACCGUUGUCAUUGGCGGCUGUUAUGGGAGCGAAAGUUACGUGAUGUGUGGGAGAUCGUUCAGUCCAAACUUUCUGUUCUUGUGGCCUAAUGCAAGAGUUGCUCUUAUGGAUUCAAGACAUUUCUCCACAGUCCCACAAGCUGGGGACAGUGACUGUACAGGAGAUGAAUCAGAGCUAAAACAUCUGAAGAAAAAGAUCUUCCUAAGGAAACACAAACGUUUGACUGACUUAAAAAAACAAGCAACCCCCCCUGAAACCAUACAACCCCAAAUCAAGAUAUUCUGCUGUAUGUGAAACUGGCCAUCACCUGAAUGUGGAAGAUGGUCUGCACUGCAGAACGAUCGGAACUGUUAUGUAUCAUUUGCUGGAUUCUAACAGAUUUUAACAGUAGUACUGCACAUUUACUUGAGAUUGAAGUAUAUUCCUUUUUCAUCUAUGAUUUUGUUUUACUGGCCUGAUGUUUUUUAUUACAUUUUUGUGCUUUUAAGCUUGUUUAAUUCUCUGCCUU